GAGGCAAUGGGCCCACGCCGUGGCCAGUGCUGAGCCCCCCACAGUCGCCGUCGGUUAGGCGCCCCGUGGUCACGUUAGAAAGAAACCUUCUCGUCCUCACAUGUUUUUCUCUUCUUUUUUGUAUUUUCAAGUUUCUUCAAUUUUUUUGUGAUUGUGUGUGUGUGUGUGUGUGUGUAUCGUUUGAAGUGCAUCCAUUUUUCUGCGUAGUUGGGUCCCGGUGAUAUUUUGACUGUUUUCUUCCUGGACUCGUUUAUUUUUUUUACUGCACAUUGAUUUUCAUUAAAGAGGAAGAUUUUCCGAUUGUUGCUCACAGCGAUGGACGAUUUAUUGCAUCGGUUACGUCACGACAUGGUAGAAUUAUCGUCGCAAGGAGACAAUUUUACGCAACAGAUAUGGUUAAUGUACGGACAAUUUGAGCAAGUGGUGGACCGUUUCAACAGCCCCGCUGAAAGCGUCCGAACGGAGCGUCACUGGGCCAGACGUCGCGUCCGCACCGGCUAUCCGACAGCGAUGAACAAGACUGGCGAACGUCAUCGUGUCGUCGCUCGACGAUCGUCCAGUUUUGUGAGUGAUUCCGAAUCGGACAGUGAGCUGGAAGUGCCGAAAAUGAGCGGACUGGCCCGCCAGGGCGUUUACGGGAGCCGUUCGGCCAGCAGCCGCUUGGGACUCAAUCCGCUGCUGGACACGAUCAGCGUCAUUGGCGACUUGUGCGACUCUGACGACGCGGUGGACGGUCCCACGUCGAGCGCGACGCUCUACGCCGGCUCCAAUUCCGUCGAUUCCGGAUACAAGAGCGCGUGCCCCACGCCCGAUUGCCUAAUGCCGGCGCACGACGCCAACAAUUACAUAAGCGGCAGGUCCGCUCUACCUCCGCCCGUCCUUCCUAGAUCGCGGCCAACUCUGGCGGCCGUUGCCGACGUUCGUCUCGGCUCUUCCGCGCCGGAUGCGCCCCUAGAUUUGGACCAUUUGACGUCGCUCCGUCGCACCUUGUUGACGGCCAUCGAACGUUACGACACGAAGACCAAAGAGCUUAUCGAUCGCGAUUUGCCUAGCAAAUCGAUUGAUAAAAAUCUGGUCCAAUCGUCCAUGGCCGGCAAACCGGAAUCCGAUCGCCAGGUGGACGACGACGUCGACGUGGAUCGAGGGUGUUGCAAAUUGCCUAAAGGUGAACUGAAAGAGCCGGACAAUCAACAAGACGGAGCCACUCGUUUCUCGCGGGUAGCGCAUUGCAUGCUCGAAAUCAUUGAAGAUCUUCAACGCCAACAGCAACAACAACAACAGGAAUGCGUUGCAGACGCGGCCGUUAUGGCCGAUGGGCCCGUAGUGCCACCGAAACCCAGUCGGGUUUCGACGGCGGCCCCGGCCACUCCGCCACGGGUGGCGCGUCGAGGCCGUCGCAAGUUGCCUACACCGACGCAGCAAUUGAUUGCGAAUGAUUCGGUCGAUUCCGGCAGCGAUUUGAACGGAGCUGAUUAUCAUUUGUACGAGGAAAUCAUCUACGAUUUGGCCGGUUCGAAUUUGGCGCUCAAUUCGAAUGAGAAAAAUUCGACCGUUUCGUGCCCGCCACCUCUGCCGGCCAGGCCGGCUCGACCUGGCCCCACGGUGGGCUCGUGUCUGAGUAACAGCGUCGUCAAACCUUGGCUGAAUGUCAUCAAACCUCUGCGCAGGGAUCGGAAUAAUCAGCUGAUUCGGAAUAAUACGUCGUCGACGAGUCAUUGCUGGACGUCUAAAAUGGCCAACAAACUCGGCCAUCACACGGACGUUGCCCGUUCGAAUGUGUACACCUUCGCCAGCCAUCCGCAGCAUCCACCUCAACAGCAGACGACUGUUUGUCAUAAUAAUUCGGCUAUUAUUAAUCCGUUUCAUCCGUUGCCCAGUCGCAAUUCCAGCGCCCAUCACCUCAAUCACGAAGACGAGUACGGAUUCCGGGCCGUCUCUCACAUGGUUUAAAACACGUUUGUUUUUUGUUUUUCUUUUCAUUUGCUUUUUUUAAAAAUAAAUUUAACUGAAUAAUUACUUGCUAUAAAUAUAAAUGUGCAUAUCAAACGUAUGCAAAUUAUAUUUCCGCAUUGUCCCAAUUUUUCCAACGCCUCUCUGCGUGACUGUGUUUAAACGUUUGCGUGUAAAACCUGUUUUGUCUGGGCAAAAGUGUGAAGAUUGCAAAAUCUUUUCGGGGGAGAGCUGGCAGCUAAAAAUUUGUACUGAAAUUUCAAAAUUAAAAACAAAAACAAAAAAUAAAUAAAAAAAUAAAUAAUAAAAUGUAAAUGUAUUGUAUAAUAGGGCAGGGUUGUGGUGAUUCUUUUUUAUUUUAUUUUUUUGUACUGCUGCUGCCUUAUUAUAAGCCCCUACGCUCGCGUCAUUGAAAUUUUCUUUAAUUUUUUGUGUGCGUCUUCCACCUUGUGGAAUGUGUGACCUUAUUUCCUCAUCUGUGCUCUCUUACCUGCCAGCUCCGCGCCAUUUUUAUAUAAUAACAAUAAUAAUAAAUGUUAUAUCGUCCUCA